AUGGCAGAGUCCUUCUUCUCAUCGACACCAAGAAUUCCCAAAGAUGCCAUCUUCGCUUUAACAGCACAGUAUAAGAGCGACAGCUCCCCGAUCAAAGUCAAUUUGGGUCAAGGCACAUAUCAAGAUGAUGCAGGCCAGCCGUGGAUUCUACCCGCGGUCGCAGAGGCUCGCAGACGUGUCCAGAACCGCAAGCUAGUCCACGAGUACCUUCCCAUCCUAGGCCUUCCAGAAUUCAGGCAUGCUGCUUGCAGGAUGGUCAUCGGCCAGCCAGCCUUCGAUUCUGUAUCUUCUCGUAUUGCCAGCUCUCAAGCCCUUUCCGGUACAGGCAGCCUUCACUUAGCUGCGUCACUUAUCAAGACUUGCAGCUCGCUGAAACCGACGAUCUGGAUCCCAGAACCAACAUGGUCGAAUCAUCAUCUUGUCUUCGGUUCACUGGGCUUCAAAUGCCGCUCAUUCCCAUACUACGAUUUUGAAAGAAAGAGCCUUGAUUUCGAUUCAUAUAGAACCAUGCUGCAGAGCGCGGAGCCAAAAUCAAUCGUUGUUCUUCAUGCUUGUGCCCACAAUCCAACAGGGUGUGACCCAACAAAAGAGCAGUGGCGCGAGAUCGGGGAAACGAUGAAGCAACGGCAACUGUUUCCACUAUUUGAUGCAGCCUACCUGGGGUUCAAUUCAGGCAAUAUUGACGAUGACGCAUACGCAAUUCGCCUCUUCGUGAAUGAGCUCGACAUGGAGGCUGCUGUGUGCGUGUCGUUUGCAAAGAAUAUGGGUCUCUAUGGCGAGAGAGUCGGAUGCAGUUUCCUUGUGACACGGAAUGCCGAUUUUGCAGUGAACACUGAGUCAGUGUUAGAAAGGUUGCAGCGCUCGGUAGUUUCAAAUCCGCCAGCGUAUGGCGCGAAGAUUGCAGGCACGAUUUUGAACGAUGACAAACUCAGGAAUAUAUGGAAUGAUGACAUGGUUACGAUGUGCUCCCGUAUCAAAGAGAUGAGACAAGCACUAUACGAGCAGCUUCUUGUCAACGAUGCUCCGGGUGAUUGGACCCACAUUAUCAAACAGUCAGGCAUGUUCAGCUUUCUCGGUUUGCCACUUGAAAUCGUCAUCAAGCUAAGAGCACCACAUCUACAUGGCAGAUAA